GGGGCUGUGUGUGAGGGAGAGCUGCUUGGAGAAGGUGGCAUCUGACUUGAGACCUGCAGCAGUCUCUGCUGCUCUCCGCUGUCGCUCCCGGGCCUCGGGAUGACACCGCCUCCGCCCGGAUGCGCCUCCCUCGGCGCCCCGCGCGCCCGCGUUCCCACUCCGCUGGCUCGGUCCGGGCUCCCGCUGCGGCUGCUGCUGCUGCUCUGGACGGCCGCCGCCUCCCAAGGCCACCCGAAGAACGGACCCCGCAUCUCCGCUGUCUGGAAAGGCCAUGCAGGGCAGGACCAUGUGGACUUUGGCCCGGCCGAGCCGCACACGGUGCUUUUCCACGAGCCGGGCAGCUCCUCCGUGUGGGUGGGUGGACGCAGCAAGGUCUAUGUCUUCGACUUCUCCAAGGACAGGAAUGCCUCCAUGCGCACAGUGAACAUUGGCUCCACGAAGGGGUCCUGCCGGGACAAGCAGGGCUGUGAGAACUACAUCACGCUCCUGGAGAAGCAGGGUGAGGGGCUGCUGGUCUGCGGCACCAAUGCCCGGCGCCCCAGCUGCUGGACCCUGGUGAAUGACACUGCAGAGUUGCUUGGUGAGAGGAGAGGCUAUGCCCCCUUCAGCCCGGAUGAGAACUCCCUGGUUCUGUUUGACGGCUCUGAGGUGUACUCCACCAUCCGGAAGCAGGAAUACAAUGGGAAGAUCCCUCGGUUCCGCCGUAUCAAGGGUGAGAUUGAGCUGUACACCAGUGAUACUGUCAUGCAAAACCCGCAGUUCAUCAAGGCCACCAUUGUGCACCAAGACCAGGCCUACGAUGACAAGAUCUACUACUUCUUCCGAGAGGACAACCCUGACAAGAAUCCCGAGGCCCCUCUCAACGUGUCCCGAGUGGCCCAGCUGUGCAGGGGGGACCAGGGUGGCGAGAGUUCACUGUCGGUCUCCAAGUGGAACACCUUCCUGAAAGCCAUGCUGGUGUGCAGUGACGCCACCAGCAACAAGAACUUCAACAGGCUGCAGGAUGUCUUCCUGCUCCCUGACCCUAAUGGCCAGUGGAGGGACACUAGGGUCUAUGGCGUUUUCUCCAACCCCUGGAACUACUCUGCCGUCUGCGUGUACUCCCUCGGUGACAUUGACAAGGUCUUCCGCACUUCCUCACUCAAGGGCUACUACUCAGACCUUCCCAACCCACGGCCUGGCAAGUGCCUCCCAGACCGGCAGCCGAUACCCACAGAGACCUUCCAGGUGGCCGACAGUCACCCUGAGGUGGUGCAGAGGGUGGAGCCCGUGGGGCCUCUGAAGACGCCACUGUUCCACUCUAAGUACCACUACCAGAAAGUGGUUGUCCACCGCAUGCACGCCAGCAACGGGGAGACCUUCCAUGUGCUUUACCUAACCACAGACAAGGGCACCAUCCACAAGGUGGUGGAGUCGGGGAAACGGGAACACAGCCUUGUCUUCAGCAUCUUGGAGAUCCAACCCUUUCGCCGUCCGGCCACAAUCCAGGCCAUGUCACUGGACGCUGAACGGCGGAAACUGUAUGUGAACUCCCAGUGGGAGGUGAGCCAGGUGCCCCUGGACCUGUGUGAGGUCUACAGUGGGGGCUGCCAUGGCUGCCUCAUGGCCCGAGACCCCUACUGCGGCUGGAACCAGGACCGCUGCGUCUCCAUCUACAGCUCCCCAGAGCCAGUGCUGCAGUCCAUCAAUCCAGCCGAGCCACACAAGGGGUGCCCCAACCCAAAGCCAGAACAAGCCCCACUGCAGAAGGUUUCCCUGGCCCAGAACUCUCGCUACUACCUGAGCUGCCCCAUGGAGUCCCGCCACGCCACCUACUCGUGGCGCCACGAGAACAGUGUGGAGCAGAGCUGUGAGCCCGGCCACCAGAGCCCCAACUGCAUCCUGUUCAUCGAGAACCUCACGGACCUCCAGUACGGCCACUACUACUGCGAGGCCCAGGAGGGUUCCUACCUCCGUGAGGCUCAGCACUGGGAGCUACUGCGCGAGGAUGGCGCCGUGACCUCACACCUGCUGGGCCGCGCCCGCGCCCUGGCCGCCUCCCUCUGGCUGGGUGUCCUGCCCACGCUUACUCUCGGCCUGCUGGUCCAUUAGGGCCUCCUGGGGCUGGGCAUGCUGCGGGCUUCUGCAGCCCCAAGGCACUAGAAAAGUCUCACUCCCAGAACCGGCUGGGCCCGGGAGCUCCUUGCCCACCACUUCUUCCAGGGGGACUGCAUAACCCGACGGGGGACGCCAGGCCUGGAGAUGGCCAGCCGCAGGCGGCUGCUGGGCCCCGGUGGGGCCGCGGGGGGGUGUGGGCCAGAGAGUGAAGGCUCCGACUAUGAAGCUGGGGCUUUGCUGACCCAAGACUUUAUCUUUUGGAGACUAUUUUUCAAAAACUCCUCAAACUGACUAAAUGCAGUGAUGCUCUUGGCCUAAGAGCCUGUGGCCCAGAGACUGGGGUUUAAAAAGGGGAGUUGGGACCCCAUCUCUGGACCUUUGGGCUGAGGCCUGAGUCCUUCUGGACUCUCUAUACCCAAAUUGCCCCCUCAUCCUCCCUCCUGCCAUGGCUGGGGGUGGCUAGUGUUCCCGCAGGCCCAGGGCUGCCCUCUGUGGCCCCCUCACCAGCCCUGGGUCUCACUAGGCAGCUGCCUUGCAUGUUUAUUGAAGGAUGUUUGCUUUCCGGACGGAAGGACGGAAAAAGCUCUAUUUUUAUGUUAGGCUUAUUUCAUGUAUAGCUACUUCUGACUGCAUCCGUAUGAAAUACCAAAACUGCG